AUGCAAGAAUGAGAGGCACCACCCAAACCAACUCUGAGAAACAGAUUGCCAUUUUCAAUACAAUCAAAUUCUCAAGUAGAGAAGAACUAACAUGGCAAGCUUGGCUGUGUUACACCAGCAAACUCAGCCUUCUUUCUCUGUUCUUACUUCUUCUCUAUCUGACUUUAAUGGCACCAGAGUCGUCCACUCCCAACUUCAGUUUAAAAGAAAGGCAUUACAGCCAAAAGGAGCUCUCCAUAUUACGGCAUCAAGUGAAAAGAAAAUUCUUAUAAUGGGAGGAACUAGAUUCAUUGGUGUAUUUUUGUCUAGACUUCUGGUCAAAGAGGGCCAUCAGGUGACCUUGUUUACUAGAGGGAAAGCACCCAUUACUCAACAAUUGCCAGGUGAAUCUGACCAGGAUUAUGCUGAAUUUUCUUCCAAGAUCUUGCAUUUGAAAGGAGACAGAAAGGAUUUUGAUUUUGUGAAAUCCAGUCUCUCAGCCGAAGGUUUUGAUGUUGUUUAUGAUAUAAAUGGACGAGAGGCUGAUGAAGUUGAACCCAUAUUGGAUGCACUACCAAAUUUAGAACAGUACAUAUACUGCUCCUCAGCCGGUGUGUAUCUCAAAUCUGAUCUUCUACCACACAGUGAGACUGAUGCAGUUGAUCCAAAGAGCAGGCACAAGGGAAAGCUUAAUACAGAGUCCUUAUUGAAAUCAAGAGAUGUGAAUUGGACUUCUUUAAGGCCAGUCUACAUCUAUGGACCCUUGAACUACAACCCUGUUGAAGAGUGGUUUUUCCACCGCUUGAAAGCAGGCCGCCCAAUUCCCAUACCCAAUUCAGGAAUGCAAAUAACCCAACUUGGUCAUGUGAAGGACUUGGCAAAGGCCUUUCUUGUGGUUCUUGGUAAUGAAAAAGCAAGUAAGCAGGUAUUCAACAUCUCAGGAGAAAAGUAUGUGACUUUUGAUGGAUUAGCAAGGGCAUGUGCGAAGGCUGGUGGGUUUCCUGAGCCUGAACUUGUCCACUACAAUCCCAAGGAAUUUGACUUUGGUAAAAAGAAGGCAUUUCCCUUCCGUGACCAGCAUUUCUUCGCAUCUGUUGACAAAGCAAAGCAUGUGCUGGGAUUAACCCCCGAAUUUGGCCUGGUGGAAGGCCUUACAGACUCUUACAACCUAGACUUCGGCAGGGGUACAUUCAGGAAAGAGGCUGAUUUCUCUACAGAUGACUUGAUUCUGGGCAAGAAACUUGUUCUCCAGGCCUAGAAACUUGAGUAUAAUUAUUAUUCUUUGAAUCCUUUAAGUUGUAGGAAUUUGCAGUGGGGGGUUUCUGUCACAUCCAAGUCAUUUUCUAGACGGUUAUAUCAUUUGUUGUGAUAAUGUAGACAUAUCAACCUUUGAAUGCUGCAUACUGUUGACUCUGGUUUAUGAACAAAAAUUCAAAGCAACCACUUGUCCCUA